CAAUUUAAAAAGUGCUGCUUAAUUUAAGAUUGAAUCACUGGAAAGUUAUUGUAGAACAGUCUGCAACUUGGAUAACAGUUAUCUUGGAUCUUCAGAUUAGGACCAAAUCAUUUCUAUUCAUCGAUCACAAGAUGACAUAAUCGCAUAAACGAUCAGUAUCGAUCUUGGAAUAAAUUGGAAUGUGCCAGAAACAUUGAUGCUGUGUUCUAAAGAACAAUAUUGUCUGUCACUUUAAACGAAUUCAACAUCAGGAGAAAUAAUAAUUAUAUUCGAUUUCGAGAUCAGAUCCAAAUCAUUCCGCAUCCAUCACAAGGACAGACUAUUAAACGUACAAAGAUAAUAGAACACAUUUUGGAAUAAAUUAUAGUACGCUGAAAACGUUGAUGGGUUCCGAUGAACGAUAUUGUUUCAUACUCUAAACCCGUUCAACGUCCGCAAAAAUAAUAUCAAUUAUCCUCAAUCUAAAAAUUCGAACAAAAUCGCCCUAUUCCAUGAUUACAAGGACAGAACAUUACAUAUACAAAUGGAUAUAUCUUAGAAAGAACUGGAAUGCGUUGUAAACAGUGACGUGUUUCAACGAACGAUACCGUUCCAGUUUUUAAAUCUAUUCAACGUCAACAAAAAUAGUAGCACUCACCCUCGAUCUUCAUCAUCGGGUCUAAAUCAUUCUAUCCAUCGAUCACAAGGAUACAUCAUCAAACGUACAAAGUAAUUGUCUCGAUCUUGGAAUGAACUGUAAUGCGUUGAAAACAUUGAUGUGUUCCGACGGACGAUACCGUCACAACCUGUAACCCCAUUCAUCGUCAUCGGAACUAUCAAUCGAAUUCGCUCUGUAAAUGUGCAAUAAUAAUUGAUGCCUGGUUAGAGAAGCAGAUCGAAUUGACCGUAGCUUAAGAGAAAAGAGCGAGCCGACGGUCGGCGUUUUUCGCGAUUGCCACUUCCUGUUCUUAUACUGGAGCUGUACUUGCCGUACGCACCACUGCCGGGGGGUGGCGGAAUCCUCCCGGCGGUGAGCAGCGGUCCUGGUUCAGGAGGGUGUCGUCCGGUACUGUUGGGUGGCGUCGAUCUGUCGAUGUCGGCGGCAGUGCAGCCGGUUCCGACGCUGCCGACGCUACCGAGUAGCGGUCCGCCGCCGCACAAUCCUCUUCAUCAUACACCUGGAGGACUACCUUUACCGCCGCUGGGGUCGGCACCGGUGAUGAUGCCCCGGCCACCGACAACCACCAUGCCAUCUUUGGGGCCUUCGUUGCCACCCUCGCAUCAGGACACCGGCGACUUAGCGGAGGCUGCACCCAACCAAGACGUUCUGUUGGCUUUGCUCGCCAGGAACAAGAACUUGGAAGAACGGAAGAUCAAAACACCAAGCUGUUUUCCGAUCAAGGAAGAACCCUCGAUACCAAAAUGUGGAGGCUGCCAAGAAGCGAUUUUGGACAAGUACGUUCUAAGGGUUCUCGAAAGGUGCUGGCACGCGAGGUGUCUCACGUGUAGAGACUGCGGUGCAAGAUUGACCGACAAAUGUUUUGCAAGGAAUGGUCAUGUUUUCUGCAAGGACGACUUUUUCAAGCGUUUCGGGACGAAAUGCGCGGGCUGCGGCCAAGGGUUGGCACCGUCGCAAGUUGUGCGUAGGGCCCAAGAAUUGGUCUACCAUCUAACUUGUUUCUCGUGCGCCCUUUGCUCUCGACAGUUGGACACUGGCGACGAAUUCUACCUCAUGGAGGACAGGAAGCUUGUUUGCAAGCCUGAUUACGAACAAGCGAAAGCGAAAGAAUUGGCAGAUGGAGGAAGUAUAGACGGUGACCAGCCAAACAAAAGGCCGAGAACAACGAUCACGGCAAAACAGCUGGAAACUUUGAAAUUAGCUUAUAAUACCAGUCCUAAACCAGCGAGGCACGUGCGAGAGCAACUCUCUCAAGAUACAGGACUCGACAUGCGCGUUGUUCAAGUCUGGUUCCAAAACAGGAGAGCAAAGGAAAAGAGACUGAAAAAAGAUGCCGGUAGAACGAGAUGGUCACAGUAUUUCCGAAGUAUGAAAGGAACGGGAGCUGGUGGACAUUCACCAAGGCAUGAUAAACUCCUUGAUAAGGAUGAACUCAAGGUCGACUUAGACUCCACCUUUGGUCAUCAUGAUUUGAGUAACGACAGUUACGGCACAGUGGUGAACAUGGGAUUAGAUGGUGAAGGUGCGAGUCCAGGUGGAGGUGGAAAUGGGGCAGGCGGGGGCCCUCCACGUGGUUAUUUGGGUGCAACGACUCCCCCUUAUCUUUCAACGUCCAGAUCACCGUCCUUACCACCUCAAUUUCCAUAUCCACCGGAUGCUGGUCUUUCCGUCUAUACCACACUUGGAGGCGCAGGUGGCAUGGUACCAGGACCAGCGUCGGAUUUGAGCAACGAAUCGAGCGGAGGCGGUGGAGGUGGUGGAGGUGGCGGCGGAGGCGGUUACCCAGACUUUCCACCCUCGCCCGAUUCAUGGCUCGGCGAACCACCACCUCCACACGCUCACCACCAUUCACACUACGCCACAUAACCCGGCAAAAUUACGCGUUGCCAAGCACCGUUCGGAAGAGCGGAUCGGCGCAAAGCGUUCACCUGACGAGCCCUUCGACGAAGCGCACCUCGAUCGAAAGACUAAAGCCCUCCAUUCGAUCAACCUGUCCUUCUUCGUCGAUCAUCGAUCUUACGAUCCUCGAGCAUUCGGAAGGAUCUCGGUGUUCUCGAUGUCCCGUCGUAAAGAAAAGAUUUAACCACGAGCGGAACUCAAUACAAAGCUGACAAUCGAGCACCGACUCGAGCCAGGGAAUCAUUCUACACCGUACUCUGCACCGUCCCGGCCGGUUUCCCGUCAUCGAAAUGAUGCCAUAUUGUCUGAGCUGUCGUAUAACGUUACAUUUAUAGCGCACGUACGAUACGCAUUCGAUAGGUACGAUUAAUCUAAAUAUAUUUAUGUACAAGUUCCUCGUUUCCCGGUACUAUGGAGUUUAAUCGUCGAUUAAAGAAAUCUAGAGGGUAGUUUAGACGUGUCGCAAGAACAAGGACGUUCGUUCGAAUCGAUACGACUCGAAGAAACGAUCGUUCGUAGUCGGCUGCUCUUCGAACAUAUUUAUCUUGAUAUUCAACGAAAUCAUUGGGAAAUAUUUCGAAGAACAUCAUUCCCUUAUUCUAACGAACGACUCCAUUGAAUCGAUCGAAAAAUCGCAAUUCUAAUUCGCAAACCACAUCAUUUCGUUCAUGUACACUCGAUUACGAUGUAGGUUUCCCUUUGGUAAGGAUGAGCGCAAGAAAAGGAGCAUCACGUGACUUCAAUUUUGGAAAAACUAAUAUGUAAAUUUGAAAAUUUCUAAAUUCUCAAAUUACCAAUUUUUCGAAUCUGUAAACUUUCAAAUUUUUAAAUUUCUCAAUUCACAGUUUAUGCAAAUCUUGAAUUCCAUAAAUUUACAAAUCACCGUAUCCCUG